AUGUCUCUUGCCUUGUCCUCCGAAAGCGCAAACCGUUCUCAAGAAACCGAGGACGCUUUGAAAUCUCGGAAGAGGAUAGACGCUCUCUUAAAAGGCUACUACGUCCAGAGAGCAACCGAGGACUUUAGUAAGGACACCUCUGCGCGCGGCGUCUUGAGUCCAGAAACAAUUAAUGAGCUCAAGCAAUGGAUCGUCAAAUGGGUUCUCUCUGAUGACGACGAGUCUUAUAUCUUCUGGCUGUAUGGUGAAGGAGAUCCCGAGAUAGCUCUUAUCGGGCACUCCGCAAUGCAGGAGCUGCAGCGACAUCGAGAACAUUUCGAUACCACUGCGACUGUCGUUCUGUCGGACGAAGAUUCUGGAGAAGAAUUGCUGGGCUCCGAGCAGAUCUUACCCACAAUUGUGUAUCAGCUCGCGAUUGGGCUCCCCUCUUUCCGUGGAUUCGUUCUAGAUGCGUUUGACGGUGAUCCCACCAUCCUUUCUCGUUCCCCAGACCACCAAAUGGACGAGUUGCUCAUCAAGCCAUUUUGCAAAGCAGCAGCCAAAGAGCCUAGCAUGAAGAAAAACGUGAUUUUUAUUGCUGGUGUGGACGACAAUACAAACAUAGACGAGGACGAUUUCUUGGGUAGCUUUCUUCCUCGUCUUCACCGUCUAGAGAGUGCUCUCCCUCGGCUCAAAUUUAUUUUCGUCGGCACGAAAAACCCAUCUGCGCGGCACCUUUACGGUAUACGCCAACCCGUCAUGCGACAAAUAUCUCUGCAUCAUGGCCAUCACUCAACCAAAGUGCAACGUGAAACGGACUCCUUUUUUGAGCGUCUGGUAUCGGACUCCCUCACAUCCGAGCAGGAAAUUGCCAAACUGGCAACGAGAGCCGGAGGAUUCAGUCAGUAUAGGAUUAUCGUCGCGGGCUUCUAUCAACGCGACCAGAACAAGAACGUCGUCAAGCGUUCAGAGAAAUAUUUGGCCUCCAACAGGACGAUCCAACUAAACCAAAAAUUAGCUGAACAAGGGACCUACUUUCCUCCGGAAGACAGGCAUGGACUGUCGUAUCUGCUCAGGACACUCUUAACCAUCCUUUUGCUUUCCGGCGGCGAUAUGCCGUUAUCCCACCUCGCAAAGUUCUUGUUCAUGGACGCUAGGUGGCUGCGCACACUCCUUAUGCGUGGUCUAUCACCUAUUAUUUUUCAUUCUCCUCGUCAGCCAGUCAAAGACACAUAUGUCCGCAUCGCACACCCUUCCCUUACCGAUUUCCUUCAAGACAGAACGCGGUCAGGGAAAUUUUAUAUCAACAGCGACGAUGCCCUUCCUCAACUGCGCCCUGCUUUCUUGCUGAGGGGGCAUUUAUUGUCCCCGGACUGCUUCAUGCAGGAGGUCAUCUGCUAUCGGAAAAGGUGCACCAACCCAACUCACCAAAUCAAAUUAAGGAUAGACCCUCCCUUAACCUGGAGUGCAGCUAGUUUUGUCGAUCUCGUGAUCACUCCAAGUACACCGUACCAUGAAACUGGGAUUCUCUUCGAGGAAGUCGUCAAGUUCAGGAUUGAGGAUCUCCUCGAGCUGCAACUUGCCGCCUCCGAAUCGCUGGCGGAACAGUGGGAGGCGCUCUGGAGAGGAACCAUGAUUUGGGCCGUGAUUCCCGUGUUCUUGAUGUUGCUGCCCAAAGAUCGAGAAGAAAAGAGGAGACAUUCUGAUGCUCUGGAGAUGUUGAUAUCGAAAGAGAUCAGAACUUAUAUCGACGGCGAAUCACAGGGACUUAAACACCUCCUGGUAUGCGCCCUAUUUGAAACUGAACUGAGAAUAUCGGCACUUGACGAUUUUGGUCGCCUGAAAGAGCAAAUAUUCCACCUCGAAGAUUCGGAAGUCCUGAUAGACCGAGGAUCCCUUUGUUUGGGCCGCAUCUUCCAGACCAAGGUCCAGGAGCCUUCCCCGAGUGUUCUCCUCCUCAAGGCACUUAAAUCCGCUGGCUCUCCUCAGAACCGGUACUUCGCGGAUACAGCGCGCGAAUGCGUCAAGUGGUUAUGUGAAGGAAGUGAUCGCCCUCCGAGGCCUCCCCUGGCCGAGGACGAAGUCGAGCACGCGAGAGAAUUAUGUCUUGCGCUCAUCAGCAGGAUUCUGCCGAAGACCGCGCCGCAGGAUUUUCUUUCUCAAUAUCUAGGCACACACCCAUUACCAGAAUUUCUGGGGGAGCUCUCCAAGGGGUCUCGCAAGGCAGGCAAAGCGGUGGAAAAAUACUUAGAGGUAAGUGCCCUUCAGCAGAUUCUCGCUGGGCUAUCAACUGACGUGAUCAACCUGUCAAUUUCAUCCAAAGCAGAGACUACCACAGAUUCUGCCUCAUCCAUUGGCUCCAGCAAGAAGGGCGAAGUAGCGCGCCGAACGACACCCUCGACGGGAGAGGGACCAUCAACUUCGGUUGGUGUUCUCGGGACAUCAUCAGAGGACGUAGAAGGUCCUACAAAUGAACCUGGUCCUCCAACGAAUAAUCUUGCGGCAGCCCGACUUCAGCACCAUUACACCGAUAGGUCGAAACUGGGAAAGAAAAAAGAACGCUCUAAGUCUAAGCCGCUUCCGAAGGAGAAGACUAGCGAACAGUUCUCCAAGUACAUUCAAUACAUGCAUCUUCCAUUUAUCUUCCGAUUAAUAUUCACCUUCAGAAGCCUGAAGAAGAUAAAGAACAAGGGCGAAGGGAACGAGGGGGGGAAGGCUUAA